UAUUUAAUCAGCGGCUUGAUUGGAUUGAGGCAUUCGCUAGUUAGCACUCAGCCAGCAACAUGAUCGUAGUAGCGCUCUUACUCGUGGGAGUGGUGGCCCUGUACCUGUACGGGACUCGCAACCAUAACUACUGGAAGGAAAGGGGAGUCAAACAUGACAAACCGAUACCAAUCUUCGGUACCGAUGCGAAGCGGUACCUUCUCCAAAGCAGCAUCGCACAGAGGGCAGCUGACACAUACUGGAAGUAUCCUGGAGAGAGGUUCGUGGGGUACUUCCGCGGCUCUAUACCCGAGCUGGUGAUCCGCGACCCCGACCUAGUCAAACGCAUCAUCACCACAGACUUCUCCUACUUCUACUCCCGCGGUUUAUCGCCAGCACAUAAAGUGAUCGAGCCUCUGCUGCGUAAUCUAUUCUUUGCUGACGGCGACCUCUGGCGCCUGCUCCGGCAGCGCAUGACGCCUGCGUUCACGAGUGGCAAGCUGAAGGCGAUGUUCCCACUGAUCGUGGAACGAGCUGAGAAGCUGCAGGCGCGGCUGCUCGACGCUGCCGCCGCUGGCCGCCCGAUAGACGCCCGCGAGCUCAUGGCGCGCUACACCACCGACUUCAUCGGGGCUUGCGGCUUUGGUCUCGAUGCCGACUCACUUAACGACGAUAGUUCACCCUUUAGAAAACUCGGCAUGAAAAUUUUCAAAAUAGACUUAAAGCGCUGUAUCGUCAUAUUCUGCAAAACUAUUUUCCCCGACAUAUUUAAGUCACUUAAGUUUUUGGGGCAGGAACUCGAAGAUGAUAUUUUAGCUCUCGUAAAUCAAAUUCAAAAACAAAGAAAUUAUAAACCGUCCGGCCGUAACGACUUCAUAGAUUUCUUGAUGGAAUGGCAACAAAGAGGAAAGAUCCUGGUGGAAUCCCUCGAAGAAACGAACCCAGACGGCACACCCAAGACUGUGGAACUGGAAAUGGAUGAUGUACUGGUGGCAGCGCAAGCGUUCAUCUUCUUCGCGGCUGGUUUUGAGACUUCCUCGUCGGCUACAAGCUUCACGCUGCACCAGCUUGCUUUCCACCCAGAAGUGCAGAAGAAGGCGCAGGCCGACAUCGACCGAGUGCUCGCCAAGCACAACAACCGCCUCAGCUACGAAGCGGUCAAGGAGAUGACUUACCUGGACUGGGUGCUGCAGGAAGGCAUGCGCAUCUUCCCGUCCUCCGGCAUGUUGCUGCGGCAGUGCGUGCGCCCGUACACCAUCCCGGGGACGGACAUCACCAUCGACAAGGGCGUCAAGAUAAACAUCCCUCUAGUUGCACUACACAACGACCCUCAGUACUUCGACAACCCUAAAGAGUUCCGCCCCGAGCGCUUCGAACCGGAGGAAGUGGCCAAGAGACACAAGUUCGUGUACCUGCCCUUCGGAGACGGACCUCGCUCUUGCAUCGGAGGCCGGCUGGGUCAGAUGCAGUCGCUGGCGGGGCUGGCGGCGGUGCUGGCCAAGUUCUCCGUGGCGCCGGCGCCGGACACCAAGCGGGAGCUGGAGUCGGACCCCACCUCCAGCAUCGUGCAGAACAUAGUGGGCGGCAUCCCGCUCAUGUUCCACGCGCGACACGCGCCGCCCGCAUAGCUACUGCUACUCUAGUUACUGUUAGUGCGUAUUGCGACUGAAACUAUUUAUUUAUUUAGUUUAGGUUUAAGUUUGUUUUGUAAACUGAUCUUCUCUUAUGCUCGACUAAAGAUCACAAAUUAGAUUAUGCAGAAAAAAUAAGUGGUAGAACAGAAGUCGGCGAGAUCUGUGGCAGACGUUACAAGCAGUCGGAGGGGGGGGGAGUUUGACGACAGAUCUAAGUAGACAAGAUAUACGUAGGAUUAAAUAUUGUGUAGCUGUGAUACGUGUGUAAAUGUAGACUAUGUGUUAUGUUGCUGUAAAUAGAUAAUUAUUAUUUUUUGUUCUCAGUGUUUAAUCUCUUUCGAUAAGGUGUGUUAUGACUGUUAUCUUCUUAAAAACAAUAAAUAUAUUUUUUAAAUUA